CCACCGCCAAUACCGACAACAACGCCAGAGCCAAAGUGCCCAGAGGGAUGGGGGACAAACAGCUACAUAAGCUCUUGUUUCAAGUAUUACACAAGACCAGAUGGACAGAAGAAGUCAUGGUUUGAAGCCCGGGACUUUUGCCAAGCAAUGGGUGGAAAUUUGCUCAGUAUAAACAACAAAGAGGAACAAGCUGCAGUGCUUUCAGUGAUCGUACAAGCUGCUGCAAGGAAAAGCGCCUGGAUUGGUCUUGUGAAGAGUGAUCCUGAUGAAGGCUUUCAAUGGUCAGAUGGUUCGCCUCUAAAUUUUGAAAAUUGGGAUAAUGGAGAACCCAAUAACCAUGCAGGCGUGGAACUGUGUGGAGAGCUGAGAAUUAAUUACAGACUGCUGUGGAAUGACCUGCACUGCGAAAAUGCA